CCUCACCACUACCACCAUUCACAUCCAUGGAAUCCAAUGAACCUAAGCAGUAACAAUUCACAAAUAUUUUUCUUCCUCAAGUUCAACGGUAUCUGUUCUUCAGUUGCAGAGAGUCCCCUUCAUCCCUUGUUACCUACAAACACAAACAUGGCUGGUUUUGUCGGAGAAGCUGUUUUGUCUGGUUUCAUCCAGAAGCUGGUUGACAUGGUCACCUCCCCGGAGCUGUGGAAGUAUGCACGUAAAGAGCAAGUUGAUUCUAAGCUGAAAAGGUGGAAGAAUAUAUUGAUAAAGAUCUAUGUAGUGCUCAAUGACGCAGAAGAGAAGCAGAUGACAAACCCUCUGGUCAAAAUAUGGCUGGACGAGCUUAGAGACUUGGGUUACGAUGUGGAGGACAUCUUGGACGACUUCGCCACCGAAGCUUUGCGAAGCAGCUUGAUCAUGGCUCAACCCCAACAAGGCACUAGUAAGGUGCGAGGCAUGCUCUCUUCUCUCAUUCCGAGUGCUUCUACGUCUAAUUCUAGUAUGCGUUCCAAGAUUGAGGAGAUCACUGCAAGAUUACAAGAUAUUUCUGCCCAAAAGAAUGACCUGGAUUUACGAGAGAUUGCUGGAGGGUGGUGGUCUGAUAGAAAGAGAAAGCGAGCACAGAUUCUGCCCACCACUUCUCUGGUGGUUGAAUCCGAUGUUUAUGGUAGGGAAACAGAUAAAGCGGCCAUAGUUGACAUGUUACUCAAGCACGAUCCAAGUAGUGAUGAUGAAGUCUCCGUAAUUCCAAUUGUCGGUAUGGGAGGUAUCGGCAAAACUACUCUGGCUCAGCUUGCCUUCAAUGAUGAUGAAGUGAAGGGCCGUUUUGAUUUGAGAGCAUGGGUCUGUGUUUCUGAUGACUUUGAUGUUUUGAGAAUAACCAAGACCAUUCUACAAUCCGUUGAUCCGGACACUCGUGAUGUCAAUGAUCUCAAUUUGCUUCAGGUCAAAUUGAAGGAGAAAUUUUCUGGGAAGAAGUUUCUUCUUGUGCUAGACGAUGUUUGGAAUGAGAAUAGUCAUGAAUGGGAUACUUUGUGCAUGCCAAUGAGAGCUGGGGCACCCGGUAGUAAACUCAUCGUGACAACCCGUAAUGAAGGUGUCGCAGCAGUUACCAGAACUUGUCCAGCUUAUUCCCUACGGGAGUUAUCAGACAACGAUUGUUUGUCUUUAUUCACUCAGCAAGCAUUGAGGACAAGAAACUUUGAUGCCCAUCCACACUUGAAAGAAGUUGGUGAGGAAAUAGUGAGAAGGUGCAAAGGCUUGCCUUUGGCUGCGAAGGCACUUGGCGGCAUGUUGCGCAACCAACUAAGUCCCGUUGCAUGGGCAAAUAUAUUAACAAGCAGGAUAUGGGAUUUACCGGGAAAAAAAAGCAACAUUCUUCCCGCUCUCAAGUUAAGCUACCAUCAUCUCCCUUCUCAUUUGAAGCGGUGUUUUGCAUAUUGCUCCAUGUUUCCAAAGGACUAUGAAUUCGACAAGGAUUACUUAGUCCUCUUGUGGAUGGCAGAAGGCUUUUUGCAGAAAACGAACGAGGCAGCUAGGCCAGAAGACUUAGGUUCUAAAUACUUCGAUGAUUUGUUCUCCAGGUCAUUUUUUCAACAUUCUAGUCAAUAUUCAUCACGAUAUGUGAUGCAUGAUCUCAUCAAUGAUCUAGCUCAGUCAGUUGCAGGAGAAAUAUACUUUCAUUUGGAUAGUGCAUGGGAGAAUAACAAACAAUCCACCAUUUAUGAGAAGACUCGUCAUUCAUCAUUCAAUCGUCAAGAGUAUGAGACACAGAGAAAAUUUGAACCCUUUCACAAGGUGAAGUGUUUGAGAACAUUGGUUGCACUACCCAUGGAGGUAACUCAUGGGUAUAACUUCAUAUCAAGUAAGGUGUUAGAUGACCUUUUAAAGGAAGUGAAAUAUUUACGGGUAUUAUCUUUAAGUGACUACCAAAUAAAUGAGUUACCAGAUUCAAUUGGCAAUCUUAAAUAUUUGCGGUAUCUCAAUUUGUCCGGGUCUUCCAUAAGAAGGUUACCUGAUUCAGUAUGCCUUCUCUACAACUUACAAGCACUGAUAUUAUCUUAUUGCAGAAACCUUACGAUGUUGCCUGUGGGAAUUGGAAACCUAAUCAACCUUCGACACCUUCAUAUCUUUGACACAUGGGAAUUACAAGAAAUGCCUUCUCAAAUUGGAAAUCUAACAAAGUUGCAAACGUUAUCUAAGUUUAUUGUGGGCGAAGGUAACAACUUGGGAUUAAGAGAAUUGAAGAAUUUAUUUGAUCUUCGAGGAGAACUUUCAAUUUUGGGGUUGCACAAUGUGAUGAAUAUUCGAGAUGGAAGGGAUGCCAAUUUAGAGAGUAAGCAUGGAAUUGAGGAGUUAAGAAUGAAAUGGAGUGAUGACUUUGGUGCUUCACGAAAUGAAAUGCAUGAGAGGAAUGUUUUGGAGCAGCUACGACCUCAUAGAAAUCUGAAAAAGCUCACAAUUGCAUCUUAUGGUGGAUCAGAAUUCCCAAGUUGGAUGAAGGACCCAUCAUUCCCAAUAAUGACACACUUAAUUCUCAAGGGCUGCAAGAGAUGCACAUCAUUACCCGCGCUUGGCCAAUUAUCCUCACUCAAAGUCUUGCGUAUUGAAGGUAUGAGUGAAGUUAGAACCAUAAAUGAGGAGUUUUAUGGAGGGAUUGUGAAGCCUUUUCCAUCCUUGGAGUCUCUAAAUUUUGAGGUAAUGGCAGAAUGGGAAUACUGGUUUUGUCCUGAUGCAGUUAACGAAGGUGAAUUAUUUCCAUGUCUUCGAUUUCUUACAAUAAGAGAUUGUAGGAAGUUACAACAAUUGCCUAAUUGCCUACCUUCCCAAGUGAAACUUGACAUCUCUUGUUGUCCAAAUUUGGGAUUUGCUUCUUCAAGAUUUGCAUCUCUUGGUGAAGUAAGUUUAGAAGCACGUGAUGAGAGGGUGCGGAUAAGUGAGGUGAUAAGUGGGGUUGUCGGAGGUCUUCAUGCAGUAAUGAGAUGGAGUGAUUGGCUUGUUUUGUUGGAGGAGCAAAGGCUGUCUUGCAAUCUUAAAAUGUUGAGAAUACAAGACGAUGCUAAUCUGGAGAAGCUGCCUAAUGGAUUGCAAACUCUCACGUGUCUUGAACAGUUGGAAAUAAGGAGAUGCCCUAAACUAGAGUCAUUUCCAGAGACGGGGCUGCCACCAAUGCUAAGAAGCCUUAAGGUGAUUGGUUGUGAGAAUCUAAAAUGGUUGCCUCAUAACUACAACUCAUGUGCCCUUGAAUUCUUGGACAUUACUAGCUGUCCAUCUCUCAGAUGCUUUCCAAAUUGUGAGCUACCAACCACACUCAAGAGUUUAUGGAUUAAAGAUUGUAAAAAUCUAGAGGCUUUACCAGAGGGAAUGACGCACCACGAUUCCACUUGUUGUCUUGAAAAGCUGAAAAUAACGGGAUGCCCCAGACUGGAGUCAUUUCCCGAUACGGGUUUGCCACCAUUGCUAAGACGACUUGAGGUGAGUAAUUGCAAGGGUCUGAAAUCGCUGCCUCAUAACUACAGCUCAUGUGCCCUUGAAUCCUUGGAGAUUAGCUUUUGUUCAUCUCUGAAGUCCUUUUCAACAAGGGAGUUACCCUCCACCCUUAAGAAACUUGAGAUUCGCGCGUGCCCCGACUUGGAGUCCAUGUCAGAGAACAUGUGCCCCAACAAUUCAGCUCUUGACAAUUUAGUCCUUGGGGGUUAUCCAAAUCUGAAAAUCCUACCAGAAUGCCUUCACAGCCUCAAGAGUCUCCGAAUAAUUGACUGUGAUGGUCUGGAGUGCUUUCCAGCAAGAGGCUUGUCCACCCCCACUCUCACAGAACUUUACAUCUCUGCAUGUCAGAAUCUGAAAUCCCUGCCACAUCAAAUGAGAGACCUCAAAUCUCUUAGAGAUCUUACCAUAUCGUUUUGUCCGGGAGUGGAAUCCUUUCCAGAAGAUGGUAUGCCCCCCAAUCUGAUAUUACUUCACAUUUCUCACUGUGAGAAUCUGAAAAAGCCCAUAUUGGCGUUCCACACCCUCACCUCUCUUUCGUCAUUGACUAUUAAGGAUGUGUUUCCAGAUAUGGUUUCCUUUCCGGAUGAAGAGUGUCUUCUUCCCAUAUCUCUCACCUCCCUCAGAAUCGCUAAAAUGGAGUCCCUAGCCUACCUGUCUCUCCAAAAUCUCAUCUCUCUUCAAUCCCUAGAUGUGUCAUAUUGCCCUAACCUCCGAUCCUUAGGGUCGAUGCCAGCAACACUUGAAAAACUUGAAAUCUUGUGUUGUCCUAUACUAGAAGAAAGGUACUCAAAGGAGAAAGGAGAAUAUUGGCCCAACGUCGCUCACAUUCCAUGCAUUGAAAUAAAGGACGAAGAUUUCUAUUGAAGUAUAAAAGUUGAAAGUGAAAUGCAGUUUGUGGGUUGUGGAAAAGAAACAGAAGCAGAAAUGCAUUCAACCCCCAGUCCUUACAGAUGGGUCCUGCUUGACAGAAAUGUUCCAUUCCCUCGAUGAAUAGGUGAUUGCAGUCACUAGCGAAGCAAUGAAAGCCAACAAAUAGAUGUAAGAAGGGGGUAAAUGAUGAAGAUCAAAUGAAAAUUUUCCUAAUCAUAGCUGCAGCCUAUUCUCAUGCUGUUUGAUCUUAAGAAGAUAGGAGUUAGCAACAAAACCUUCUGGUUGACUUUGUAUAUGAAUUACGGUAUCUCAAGAAAGGUGUCCAUAUAUUGGUUGGUCCAUUAACCUCCAGUUAUUAGGGCUGCCAGCAGUAUUUAGAAGGCUCAUCACAGGCUAUCUUAUUCUAAACAAAGGUGCAUAAAGGAGAAAGUGGAUGCUGGCCCAACAUUGUCCAUCCAUCUCCCCUGCAUGGAUAUUAACUGUGAUAACUUGAGAUUGAAGGUCAUUUCUCUAUGCUCAAACUUAGAAGGAAAAUUCAUUCAAGCCUAUCCCAUCCUUACUUUUAAUCAGGGGGUCAAAAGCAAUGCAGAUGAAAUCUGAGGUUUCUUAAUCAUAAUUUUGUCCUUUUUGGUAUGUUCUCAAAUCUUGAUCCCAAUAGCCAGAUGAUUGGUUUUUAAUUUUUAUUUUUUUUGGAUAUGCUUAAUUUUUGUUUCAAGUAUUCUUCUACCAGCACUGCAAUCCCUUCUUAAUUUAUGAUGGGAUUUUUCACUAAUGGUUUGGUGGCCAUGAAGUAGUUUUUUAUUACAGUUGUGGCUAGAUAUUUCUUUUCAUAUAUGUAUAUAUAUAUUCCUUUCCACACAUGCACAUAAUUUUUCAAGAGUAAAGAGCCUUGGCAGAUCUAUCAUUUUUUGCAGUGCUUUGGACCCUUUCUUUGGCCAAGAAAUGGAGUUUCAUAUCUCACUCUGGUAUACAAAAGUUGUGGCUAGAUAUUUCUUUUCAUAUAUGCAUAUAUAUAUAUAUAUUCAUGUUGCUCUUAUCUUCCUUUCCACUCAUGCACAUAAUUUUUCAAGAGUAAAGAGCCUUGGCAGAUCUAUCAUUUUUUGCAGUACUUUGGACACUUUCUUCAGCCAAGAAAUGCAGUUUCAUAUCUCACUCUGGUCAGACACUUUUUUUUCAUAUAGUUUCUUUAUAGAAUUUACCCUUUUCAAGUACAUGGUAACACACAAAGCCUUAAAUAUGUUUCUUAGUUAUUCAUUGAAUGCAUAUGCUAUUUUGAGAAAAUGACAAUCAUUGAAUCCUUAAGCUUAGGUGCCUUUUGCUGAAGGAAGGGCUGUUAGUAGCCACACUUCUGAAUCUAGAAAUUCAGGGCUUUGCCCUUUGAUGGUCGAAGUUGAGAGGAUUAACCCAAAAUAGUGCACAUCCCAACUUAGGGAUAGUUUUUCUUCUAUGAACACAUUUUUUUUUUUAAUUUUUUUUUUAUACCCAAAAUAGUGCACAUCCCAGUUUAGGGAUAGCUUUUCAUGUAUGAACACAUUUCUUUUGAAUUUUAUUUUAAUAUCACAAAAAUGGAAGCAGAUACCAUCUCAUUCACAAAAGACAACUCUUAUGGACUUGAUACAAGUUUCUACCUUGAUACUUGAAAAGGUGUAACAUAAAUUUUUUCCUUUGAUACCAUUGAAAUUCUCUUGCAAUGCCUUCUAGCUCAGUGAGGCUUCCAUUGGGUCGUGGUGUUGGUGGUCCAUUUCCAUAUUCAUUGCCUUUUCAGAUGACGAAUUUCUGUUUCUACAAUUUAUAAUCCCUAGCUUCCCUGGUUACCAGAACCUCACUUCUCUUGCAGUGUUGUUCAUCUCAAAUGUCCCAAGCUCAGGUCAUUUUUUCAAAGGAAAUUUCCUAUUGUUAACAAGGUGUCCAAAGGAGAAAGAAGAAGAUUGAUUCAAAACUGCACAGAUCCCCUGUUCAGCUACUUCAUUGGCUAUAUGAGUUGGAACUAAAUUCUGUUUUCUGUGCACAAAAAGAGAAGAAGAUACAUUUCUUCCUUCCAUUUUUUCAUGCAGGAGGAAAAGAACAACAAAGGAAAUGAAUUUAAAAAUUUUCCAACCAAAGCUCAGCCCAUUCAAAGGGUGAUCCCCUGUUCAGCUACUUCAUUGACCAUAUGAGUUGGAGAUAAAUUCUAUUUUCCCUGCACAAAAAAAGAGGCAGAUACCUUUCUUCCUUCCCCUUUUAGGUUUUGGAGGUAGUUUCAGGCAUCUUGGUGCUGGGAUUGCUAAUGAGUGUGAGAGUAGCAGAAUACGGAAGGGCAAGCAGUGUGGAAUAUCUGGCUAUAAACUGCUGGAAACACAGUGCAGUGCUGACAAACUUUGGAGGAAAUGGUGAUGGAAAAAAGAUGAAAACCAAGGCCUUGAAGUCUGCAAUUGAUCAUCUCAGUGAGUGUGCUUCAGAUGGAGGAGCAGAGCUCAUUGUGCCUCCUGGGAAAUGGCUGACUGGGAGCUUUAAUCUCACAAGCCAUUUCACUCUUUACGUCCACAAGGAUGCUGUUAUUCUUGGAGGUCAAGUUUGAGUUCUUUUUUUUUUCUGAUCUCACAAAUAUCUAGAUGUAGGGGGAAAAGAACCAAGGUAGAUGAACUAAAAAAAAUUUCAACUGAAGCUCAGUCUAUUCAAACUGUGAUCAUCAUCGGUUCUGCUUUCCAAGAUGAAAGAGACUCGGUUGACAUUUUAUUACCUUUUGCGGCUUUUUGACUGACAGCACCUCUGUGCUGUUCAACCAUUGCUUAUGAACUCAUUUCUACAAAACAAAUGCAGCAUUUUGACCCUUCACAUCACUUCUGUGGAGUUCAAGCAUGGCUUAUGAACUCGUUUGCCCCAAAAUAAAGGCAGUGUAUUCAUCUUUCGACACAUCCUGUGGAGGGGCUACAAAAUGAUCCUGCCCAUCCUAGAUUCUCAGUUGGUCUUACUGCAUUUUUGGAUUUCUAGUGCUAAGGUCAAUGUUAUAACCUUGUUGAACACUUUUACAUUUGGCUUCGAACUACUCCAAAUUAUUUCUUCUCUCCCACUCAAUGGCACAAAACCAGCAUCUGCAGGUUGAUUCUGGCGCAUCUAUUAUUGUUGCGUCCUCAGCUCCAUCGCAUGAUACUUGGGAAGAAGAGCCUCCUCGGCCGCAUAGUCAUUUGAAUACCUAGAAGGGAGUUGCAACUUGCAAGUCUUGUAAAGUAGCUUGAGAGGUUUUCACAGUACCUCAGACAACACCAUGGGAAGGCCUACUUGGCGAUAUGCUUCUCUCUCAUUUUGUCCAAGACCUAUUGUACACUCCACUGUGCUUGUAGAUGCCUUCACUAUCUACCACUGCACUGCAUUCACAUUGAUGGUUCUAUUAUAAUGCACUUGUAACUGAUCAUGUGUUCCUCCAUUUCUUAAAUUAGUUUUCUCAUUUUUAUUUAUUUAUUUAUUCCUGAUUGACAGAAACUUAAAAGGGUUUAUGUAAUGAAACAAUUGAUCGUGAUUCACAAUAAGAAUUAUUCCUCUAUGAAUGCCUCUAAUUGCAUUUGGUAGAUUAGAGGCUUUUGUGUGA